AAAUAAUCACUUACAAUAAAGACAUACACACAAAGCACAAGUUAAGUAAAAAGGAGAUACGUCAACGAAAAAAUAAAAAUUGUCUAGCUGUUAUAACUGGCCAUUUAAUAGCAUUAAAUUAUUGCUAAUAAUUGCGAUUCACAUUUUUUAUAGUUUUAUCUAUUUUACUUAAGUCUGCGGUAUGAAGAUGAAGAUUCCAAAUAGCGGCUCCGGUAACGGAUAUUAUGGACAUGAAAGUGGUGUUAUUUCUUAUUUCGAUACUGUUGAACAAGAAAUAGACCCGCCAGCUGGUGAAAAUGGUGAUUUUGCAGAGUACAUGUGGAUGGAAAAUGAAGAAGAGUUUGAUAAACAGGUAAUGGAACAGUUAGAAGAAGAAGAACUAAUGGAAGAAUGUCUAGAAGCGAUGUUGGAAGAAGAAAGACAGCAUCAAAGAAAUCAGUUAUCAUCAAAUUGGUGUAAUGUUACAACGGAAGCUAUCAGUGGUAACGAAUUAUGCCAGCAAUUGAGUAGCCUUCGAGUCCAUAAUGAUCUUGCGAAAUCGAGUACUUUGAAUCCAGAUGCAGAAGAAUUUAUUCCUUCUUAUAAAGUAUCAGCUGUAAGUACAACGGAAGUAACAAGUGAAUCAUCAUAAAACGUAAAUUUAUUUUGAAUAACGCGUGUUAUUUUGUGAGCUAAUUCAAAUAAAUGGGCAUAUACGGAAUGAUAAUAAUGAAUUGAUUAUUGAAGACACAAAUAAAUCUUGACAGAAACAAAAGGAUAAAUAUAUAAGCUCAUAAUAUAUAUACAUAUACAUAAACACGCAAUAAAGUACAAUGAAUAAUAAUAAUAAUAAUUAUUUAAUUGCCAUCAGCCCUCCAAUGACGACCACAGGCGUAUUUUAAUUCCGAAUUUUUAAUUCUUUGGCGUUACAUUAUCGCCUUUAUCAUGUAGUUCGCGGCAUAUGAAAUUAUUAUUUGCUUCUAUAUUAAUUACUAAUCAGCAAUGAGAAAUAAAAAGAAUAAAAAAAUAAGAAAAAAAAUUACUACAAAAAAACAAAAAAAAAAGUAUAUAAAAUUACACUUAUAACGAACAAUAAUCAAUAAAUCUUUUAUUAAUGUACUUAAAGAUAAUUAUUAUAUUGGAAGAUAAAUAUGCACUCAACUAAUAUCAAUAACAAGAAAAAAUUUUAUUUUAAAAUUUAUUUGUUUUAAAGUUUUGUUUAAUAGGCAAUGAAGCAAUUUAUUAUUUUAAAUAAUUUAUUUCUUUUAUCAGAUCUCAUAGCUUGCGAGGGCUGCGAGACCUCAUUUAUUAAUUAAAAUGUUUUAAUAAGAGUUUAAAAAAUAAUUAUUUAAAUUAUGACUUUGUUUUAAUGAUUAAAAUAUAUUUUUUAAAUUCAAAUUGAUGUAGUCUUCCGUCUAAUGUAUUUUUAUUAUCAUAAUCUGUUUUAACUUGUAUAAAUAACAAAUUUAUUGAUAAGAAAAAAAGAGUAAAGACAGUAAGCAAAUUUUUAAAAAAUUUAUUAUAAUUGUCAAAUAAAAUCUAAAAAUAUUUAGCAUGUAAAUGUACUAUUACAUUGUAUAAAGUCUUUGUUUUUAUUGUA